ACAGUCUCGAAUGUGCAUCUUAAACGUUCACUUCUAGCUGUUGUGGUUAUACACAAAUAAAGGACACAAUAAAAAUUUAUAAAAAUUUAUAAAAAUGUGUGACCAAAACGCGACAAUUAAUGAAAAUGAGGUGCAAAACUCAAAAUUUAAAGGCAGAAUCAAAGAUAACAUUUUAAUGGGACCAGAAAUUCCAAUACAUAGAGAAUCUGUCAAUAUCGCUGAAACUAUACUAAAAGCUUUGAAAAGCAACCCUAAUUGUAUCGGUCAGAUAGACGUCCUUACUGACAAACAAAAUACUUAUGCCGAAAUGAGUGAGCGCAGUAUUAAAUGUUCACUUUGGCUAAAGAAACAAGGGGUAAAGCCGGGUGAUAUAAUCGGUCUUUGUACUGAUAAUAAUCUAGAUGCAAUGAUAGUGUUGUUGGGGAUUAUAUAUUUAAAUGCUAAAUGUAAUACAUGGGAUCAUGAGCUCACUUUAAUGACGGCACGAUACUUCCUUUCAUUGACAUCGCCAACCAUUAUCUUCACGGUACCGCAAUCGGCCGCGAGUUUAACAGAAGCAGCAAAGGAAUUAAAUAUGAAUGUGAAAAUAGUGGUCCUUGGCAAAUUAGAUGGAUACGAAUCAGUAGAUGAUAUUUUGAAGGGCCAUGAUAGUCGUGAGAUUGCCGAAUUCAAAUGCACUCCGAUCAGCAAUCCGGAUGAAGUUGGUCUCAUUGUUCUUUCUUCGGGUACUACGGGUAUGCCAAAGGCUACUGAGAUCUCGCACUCUUCUAUGCAUAAUCGUCUAAAUCAUGUCUUAAUCACCGGACUGAAAGGUCACGUGUGCAUGUUCACGCCGACAAUACGUUGGCAGUACGGCGUUAUGCUAGCGUUCAAAGCUAUCUUGGCAGGUGCAACCAGAAUUGUUGCUCCAGACGUCGUGGCAGAUGAUGUAGCAGCAACUACGAUUUGCGAAUAUAUCGAAAAAUAUCGAAUAACAUGGUUUGCUACAGAUCCAUUUAUGAUAAUUUAUUUUGUUAAAACGGAUACGUUAGAUAAAUAUCGAUUAUCGACAUUGAAACUUAUUGUUACUAGUGGUUCUAUUUUGCCAAAGCAACAUCAAGAAGCAUUGGCAAAAAAAUUACCACAUGUUUUAAUAAAUAAUGGCUACGGUUCUACCGAUGCAGCAGGUGAACUCACUGCGCAAACUAAAGACAGUAAAGCGGGAUCGGUUGGUUUCUUGAUACCUAAUGUUCAAAUAAAAAUAACAAAUACAGAAACUGAAGAAAUUCUGGGGGCUAAUAAAGUGGGAGAAGUACGUGUAAAAGUGCCGUUUGUAAUGACUGGAUAUCAUAAAAAUCCUGAAGCAACCAAAAAAGCUUUUGAUUCUGAUGGUUGGUUACGCACUGGCGAUUUAGGAUAUUACGACGAUGAUGGAGAACUCUUCAUCGUUGGUAGAAUAUCGGAUUUUAUUCUUUUCAGAGCAAUUAAUGUUUCACCCGCGGAAAUCGAAACUGUUAUACUGACUCAUCCUGCGGUAUUCGAAGUGGCGGUGAUAGGAAAGCCUCACGAAAUCGAUGAACAGCAUCCAAUGGCUAUCGUCUCUGUAAUACCGGGAAAAACGGUAACGGAACAAGAAAUUAUCACCUUAGUGGAAAAGAAUUUGCCGGAUUAUUGUCGACUUCGAGGUGGUGUUAAGUUUAUUGACGAACUCCCGCAUACAGUUACAGGCAAAGUCUCGAAGAAAGAGUUACGAAAUAGAUUUGCAAGUUAAAUUAUGCUAAACUAUAAAGAAAUUAUAGAAACAUCGUAAACGUAAAUAUACAUAUAUUAUUUUUUUAUCGAAAAAUUCUUAACAUAAUAAUUUUAAUACGCAUGAAAUAAAUAUUCAGAAUUAUUAAAAAUACAAAUUAAGAUAAAUAAAGUUUUCAAUAAAAAUUAUUAAUAAUAAAAAUUAAUUCAAUCAAAAAUUAGCAAUAAAUUUUAAUUGUUUUAAAUAUUGAUAAGUGUAUUAAUUCUUUAUAUCUGGAUUGUUGUAAAAAUUAAUUUAGUUAAAUAGCGAAUUUAAUUAUUAAAUUUUUGUUAUGUUCAAUCCAUAAAGCUUGAUAUGACAAUCCGACAAUUUAAAUAAUUCCAAUGUACAGUGAGAAUAAUUGUGAAUUACAUCAAAACAUUUAUGAAAUGAAUAAAAUUCAGUGAUUACAUUAUGCACAUUA